UUGGCGCUACGUUGGUACCAGAAUGAUAACUGACAUGAUUGAUAACUGACGAGCGGCGCAUUACACAAUUCAUCGGUCAUUUCUCCACAAGUCUUAGACGGUGUUAGUGUCAGACCGCGGAACGCAUAUUUUAGUGUCUAAAAUAAUACUUGAGAAGUACGAUGAGCAAGGUCGCGAAUAAAUCGGUUACGUUUCCCAUGAAGCCCCCUGGUCAAGCAAAGGUAUGGAAUGUGGUUGAUUGGAUGAAAAAAGAUAGCAAUGAACCACCGAUUAGGAUUUCGAUUCAAGAGAUACCCGAAGACAGGUACGAGGAUGUCCUUGAUCAUAUGUGCACCUAUUUCAUUGUCGACGAACCUAUUUGCAAGUGCAUGAAUGGGGCAGAGGACCCAGAGUACGUAGCACAGUUUCGAAAAACUUGGACGAUGCUUUUAAACCAAGGGUUGUCCGUGGGGGCGUUCGCGGAUAACCCUGAUGGAGGCAAACCAAUCAUAGCGGGUGCCAACAUACUGGGAUUGACCUUCGAGGGAGAAUCCUUAGAGGAACUGGAUAUGCAUGAAAAGGAAAAAAGAAUAAUGGUGGCUUUAAAUGAACUAUGCCACGAAGCUGGUGUAUACAAAAGAUACGGAGUAGAUAGAUACAUGUCCGCUCUUGGAUUAUCUGUGCAUCCAUCGUUUCGGGGAGCUGGUCUGGGAUAUCAUCUUCUUAAAGCAAGGGAAAACAUAGGUCGCGAGUACAAUAUCCAAGUGACAAGUACCGUGUUCACUUCGCCGAUCUCGCAGAAGCUGGCUGCACGAUCGGGGUUCGAAGAUCUCCUCACGAAAGAGUUCAAAGACCUCGUCGACGAGAAGGGAGAACUCUUUCCAAAUAUCACCUCAAAAAUCGUCAAAGUGUCGGCGAAGAAGCUGUAUUAACGUUGACGAUUCGUCGCUAG